AUGACUAAACAAUUUCCUCACUCAAAAUGUUUAUAUGGAAGUAUAUUACAAUUGAAACUGACUGCUCAUAAUUUGCUAGAACUUGGCGAAUGGAUUGGUUGGACAAAAUCUCGUCUCCCUCGAUUUUUAAAUGAUUGUGAUAAUGAAUAUCAAUUGUACAUUCAAACAAAAAAUCAAUUUGAUUUAUCGAGAAAUGAAUCUGACGUAGAUGCUUCCUAUGUUGCAACAUAUUUAUUUGCAUUUGCUGAAGCGUGUGAAAAUCUUAGUCGAAAUCGAGCAUUCUACUAUUGUUUAAACAGUUUCAUUGAUCAGUUUACAUUAUGUCCGUAUAGGACACCAACAAUGAAAUUAUCAUAUAAAUUAAUUUCUCGACACGAUUGGGCAAUGGAAAAUCAACGACCCUUACCACAACGAAUUAGAAGAACAUGA